UUUUCCAUCAGCGGCGCUUUCAUCCGAUAUAGGAAACUCCAUCGAGAACCAAAACCAAUAGUUCCCGUCUGUCAAAGACCUUUCACAGCUGUUUUCCCAUUUCACCAUUUCAAAAAUAAUUGACAUAACCUCAAAAUGUAUUAUUCUCUCGUGAUAUUCACAAUUUUCGCAGCUGCACAUGCAACAAUGUACCUACCACCGCUAAAGGAACAUUACUAUGCGGAUCUCGUACUUCGAGACUUGAUCGAUCAAAUGGGAAACGAUCUGGUGGACGCUGCGGAUUCAUACCUAGAAUAUCAGGAUGGAUCGAGAAUUGGUAACGAUUUCCAAGCAAUGAAGGAAAUUCCAGUUGAAUUGCCAAUUGACUACGACGGCAUCGAGACUCUGAAUCCUAACCCCAGUAUUCGGGAUCAGGAGUAUUUGCAGCACAGUACUCUGUGGAGUCAUCAAAAGUCCAAUGAAAAUGGAAGCGAUAGGCACAGAAUUCAAGCUAGUGGACUCAAAGGCGCCAAGGAUGAGAAAUCUGAAAGUGCUUUGCCCGCUUAUUGCACUCCUCCUAAUCCAUGUCCAGUAGGAUACACAACGGAAAACCAUUGCAUUACCGAUUUUGAAAACACAGCGGCAUUCAGUCGGGAUUUUCAAAGUGCUCAAGAUUGCAUGUGUGACAAGGAGCACAUGAUUGAUUGCGCAAAUGAAAUGGACGGCGAAGAGGAACAAGCAAACUUAAAGAUUUCCAGUAACGAUCUUGACCAAAUCGUCGAAAGAUUCCAGGAGGAAAAUCCGUUCUUUCAAGGAGAAAAAUUGCCAAUUGCCGCUAAAAAAGGAAUUAAUGUAAUUUACUGAAGUAUCAAAAUCGCACGAAAAUUCGGAAUAUUGGACAUGAAAAAGAAAUGAAAC